GCCACGGAGUGAGUCAUGACAGAAGGAAGAGGGUGGGACAGAGAGAAAAGUUGCUGAUUUGGAAAAAAAAGCGGUGUGAGUAAGGAUAUAAAACCUUGAGACAAGAGGAUGAACCUCUCUCCAAUCCACUGGCAUCUCAGUGGUGGAAAUGCUGGAGUUGGGGAGGGUCGACUUUGAGGUGACAUUGGGGCUAUGUAGAUGAGAGUGAGGAGCCUGAGCUCCAUGAUACGUCCCCGCUCACUCUAAAUCAGAAGGCAGCAGCUCCUUCCCCGGUCUUCUCUCCCCUCCUUUCUUUCAGCACCACUCCUUUAAGGACAGCACCUCGCUCUCAAAGACGCAUUUGACCACCAUUCUCUCCUCCUCUGGACUUCACUUUUCUGCUCAAGUGCCAUCGGAUGCAAAGUUUUGCUGGUUUUAUUUCUAUUCUGCGCAACUAAAAGGAAGUAACUUUUUUCCGAAUUGGAUAUUUAAAUCGGGGAAACAAUCUGUCCAAGACGCCGAAUUUGUUGCUCCCGGGAUCGUCGCUUUGGUGCCCCGACUCCAAUUCCUGAUCCAUUGCAUAACUCCGAUCAUCCCUUUCCUCUCGACUAUUUCUGCGGACCCUCGGCACAGGACGGAGAAGCCGCUGCCCGUCAGGACCGGUGCUGAAGCUCUCAUCUCUCUGCUGGUCAGGACUAACCGAAACGCACCGUGAGCAUGGCUACCAACGGGACCAAAGCCUCGGAUGGGCACGUCUUAACGGAGACAGUGACUGAUGCGCCCAGCACCACGCCAAAUGACAAACCCAAAACCUUGGUGGUGAAGGUACAGAAGACGAAAAAGGAAAUACCUGAGAGAGAAACAUGGGCUGGAAAAUUUGACUUUCUACUCUCUUGUGUCGGAUACGCAAUCGGACUGGGAAAUGUCUGGAGAUUUCCUUACUUGUGUGGAAAAAACGGCGGAGGGGCCUUCUUGAUUCCAUACUUUUUGACGCUCAUAUUUGCUGGCAUGCCCCUGUUCUUUCUCGAGACGGCUCUUGGUCAGUACACCUCAAUUGGAGGUCUUGGAGUGUGGAAGUUGGCGCCGUUGUUCAAAGGUGUGGGUCUGGCUGCUGCUGUCUUGUCUUUUUGGCUAAAUAUCUAUUAUAUUGUGAUCAUUGCCUGGGCUAUUUACUAUCUGUACAACUCCUUCACUACUGAGCUGCCGUGGAAAACUUGUGGCAAUUCCUGGAACACAGAUCGCUGCUACACCAACUACAGCAUUGCAGACACUGCUAACCUCACCAGUGCUGUGGUGGAGUUCUGGGAACGUAACAUGCACCAGCUGACCGAUGGUCUGGAAAAGCCUGGGGAGGUUAGAGUCCCGCUGGCUAUCACCCUCGCUAUUGCAUGGGUGCUCGUCUAUUUCUGCAUCUGGAAGGGGGUCAGCUGGACUGGCAAAGUGGUGUAUUUCUCAGCUACAUACCCGUACUUCAUGCUGUUCAUACUGUUUUGCCGCGGCAUCUCUCUACCUGGUGCCUUUGAUGGAAUUCUCUUCUACAUCACUCCAAACUUUGAAAAACUGAAGCAGUCUGAGGUGUGGCUCGAUGCUGCCACGCAGAUUUUCUUUUCCUACGGGCUGGGAUUAGGUUCCCUGAUUGCUCUUGGCAGCUAUAAUCCCUUCAAUAAUAACGUCUACAGAGAUUCUAUCAUUGUCUGCUGCAUCAACUCUUUCACCAGUAUGUUUGCCGGCUUUGUCAUCUUCUCUAUUGUGGGAUUCAUGGCUAACGUGACAAAGAGACCCAUCGCCGAUGUGGCAGCCUCAGGGCCAGGCCUGGCGUUCUUGGCGUACCCUGAGGCCGUCACCCAGCUGCCCAUCUCUCCUCUCUGGGCCAUCCUUUUCUUCUCCAUGCUGCUGAUGCUGGGAAUCGACAGCCAGUUCUGCACUGUGGAAGGCUUCAUCACGGCUCUGGUUGAUGAAUUUCCCCACGUCCUCAGAAAGCGAAGAGAGAUCUUCAUCGCCGUCGUCUGCGUCGUCUCUUAUGCCAUUGGCCUGUCAAACAUCACCCAGGGCGGGCUGUACGUGUUUAAGUUAUUUGACUAUUACUCAGCCAGUGGAAUGUCCCUGCUUUUCUUGGUCUUCUUUGAGUGCAUCUCAAUUUCAUGGUUUUAUGGUGUGAAUAAAUUCUACGAAAACAUUGAGGAAAUGAUUGGAUACAAGCCAUGUCUGUGGUGGAAGGCCUGCUGGGUUGUUUUCACUCCUCUGAUUGUCGCUGGAGUUUUCCUGUUCAGUGCGGUGCAGAUGGUUCCUCUCACCAUGGGUGAUUACGUGUUCCCUGGAUGGGGUCAGGGGGUCGGCUGGCUAAUGGCGCUCUCUUCCAUGAUUCUCAUCCCAGGCUACAUGGGAUACCUGUUCCUCACACUUAAAGGCACAUACAAGGAGCGUCUGCGAAUGAUGAUCAAGCCUUUGGGAAUCGUAAAAUCUCAGGAAAACGGUCCGGACCAGCAGACGGAAAACCAGAGCCAGAACCCUGCCAAUGAGGAAGCCUACAUCUGAGCGUUUUUUUUACCUGCGUCUCUGCUCUUAUGGCCGGAUUGGCACUCCACCGUAAUCAAGGUUGGGAACAACCACUAGACUUCUACGUCUGCUUUUAUUCACCUACCUCCUGGGGACACGUGAAACCAACCUGAUUACACUGUUCUUUUCUGUUCUGUUUCUGGUUCUCUCAUUGUUUCUUUGUAUAAUACAGAGGUAAAGAAAAAAAAAAAGAAACCACCCUACAAAGUUGUUGUGAUAUUAUGAACUUCAUUAUGCAAAGAGGAAAAAAAUAGACUUAUUUGAAAAAAAAAAUACUUGCGACUUAGAAUCUUAUUGUAUAUUGAAUAUGUGUAAAUCUGAAGGCCCACAUUAAUUCUGUAGAGUUACGAUAAAAUACAUUGACUAAAUCAAAUUAUUGUACAAAGAUGAUAUCCGUAAAUAUAUUUUAUUUUAUACAAACUAAACUCAAUUAAAUUUAGUGAAUGAAGAGAAAGCAAUGUGUAAUUUUAUAGCGAUCAACUUCAAGCAAUGACACUAUAUGUGCAAGACGAAAGUAUGAAUAAAGGAAUUCUUCACAAUUUAGAGACACUAUCACAUCCCCCGUCGUUUCUAAGGCUCUUAGACAACUUUAGAAAAGCACAACUUUGAAUUUUAACAUUUUUUUUAGGCAUGACUGAAACCUGUGAUGAGCAAAAACAUCUUCUAGAGGACACAUAGCAAGAGACUGUUAUAACUGUUCCUUUGUUUUCUAAAGAACAAUAACUUUGUAUGUUGUCUAACUCGUUUUUUGUAGACUCAUUUGUAGAUGAUUUUCUAUGUGUGAGAGUAAAGAAGGACCAAAAUGACACUCUACUUUCAACACUUAGUGCAAUGACCUGUUAUAACCGCGAAGUGGAUUUAUUGCAGAUCAACAGAGCAAUAUCGUAGAGCAAACUGCAUCUGUCUACAAGCACAAGUUGGUUCUGAGGACGACCACUUUUAAUAACAAAAGGUUUAGCCCACUUUUGCACAAUGCCCUCGACAAUUCUGUCCGAGAGCGGUCAUUUGGGAAAUGUUUAAGAAAGUUUAAGGUUUUUAGGGGAACAAUGUGCCACGGCUGCAGAAAAUUGGACUUUUAUGAAAGCUUCCACUACUUCGACUGGUGAUGUUUACUUGUAUAUACAUAACUAUAUACAUAGUUAGAAACCCAAUCCUCAGGAAAAAAAAAAAAGGUAGACAUUACCAAAUUCUCUCAGAUAUUACACAGAAAGAAUACUUCUAGGGUUAGUAAAAAACAAAUAUAUAUAUAUAUAUAUAUAUAUGAAUAAAUUUUAAUUAUUUUUUUUCUCCAGCAUGCUAUCUAAAGCACAAGGAAAACAUGAAAGCUUCCCAAAAUUGAGAAUCAUUGUUUUGCACUCGGGCAUACACAAGAAAAUGAUCAAAAUGUUGCCUGUUUGCAUUCCUGACUAGUCAUCUGUUGUGGCCUUUUAUUAAUCUUAUUUAUGAUGAAACCAUCCCUUCUUUAUGGAAAGUGCAGCAUCAGAAAGAAUAACUGGUAGAACAGUGUAACAUAGCCAAAUGCUACACAGGUCCAAACCUCCAUAAGGACUGCUUGGAUAAAUGGAAGUAUACGAAGGUUUCUCAGUGAUGCAUAAACUCAUGAAUUAAGUCCGAAAAUAUCCCCACGAGGAGGGACCGCCAGAGUUUGUUUUUGUGGCAGCUACAAGCGACAGGAAUCAGUUUCAUUUCCUCUUUUUCAAAGAUGUGCCAGUUAAUAUGUGCAAUGACAAAAUGGGUCCAUUCAUUUUGUACAGUUACCAUGCAGCAAUUUCUCUUUUGAAUGAUGUUGUAAACUCAGACGUGUAAUACAUGUAUCUGUGAAUGUCCGUACAACCUGAGAUUUUUUUUUAUUUUAUUUUAUUUUUUUGUUUAAAUGUUGAAUAAAAAAAAUAUCAAAUGUGCUGUUUUCUGCAAUAAUACUAUCCCAGAAACUAUGGCACAUAUCUCUAUAACAGAAUGGAGUAACAAUAAAGAUGCUAAUGAAUAUAAUGUAAUAGAAAAGUUUAGUCAGAGAAUAUUGUUUUGUAUAUUUUUAGCUGUUAUAUGGGCCUAAUGUAAAAAAUAUUCUAUUUAAAAAUGUAUUAAAUGUCUCUAGAUGGUGUUAUAUGAAAAAGCAUGAUUGCUAUAUAUGGUAUCUGCAAAAUAAAUAAAGAUCUAUAGGUUAUAAAGUCAG